UUGACGUGGAAUUGGACCGUUUCAUCGUCAAACUCCGCCGUUCAUCGUUUUCUUUGUAGGCUGCAAAGAAGAGGAAAAAAAAAACACUUGAGCUGAGAAAAUGAAUGAAGAAUAUGAUGUUAUUGUUUUGGGGACCGGACUUACGGAAUGCAUCCUGUCCGGAAUCAUGUCUGUGAAGGGGAAGAAGGUGCUGCACAUGGACCGGAACUCCUACUACGGGGCGGAGAGCGCCUCCAUCACUCCGCUGGAGGAUCUGUACAAACGGUUCAGCCUGCCCGGCAGCCCCCCGGAGUCCAUGGGAAGGGGAAGAGACUGGAAUGUGGACCUAAUCCCCAAAUUCCUGAUGGCCAAUGGCCAGCUGGUCCGGAUGCUGCUGAUCACACAGGUGACGCGUUACCUGGACUUCAAGGUCAUCGAGGGCAGCUUUGUCUACAAGAAGGGCAGCAUCUACAAAGUGCCGUCCACAGAAGCAGAGGCCCUGGCGUCCAACCUGAUGGGGCUCUUCGAGAAGCGACGCUUCAGAAAGUUCUUGGUGUUCAUCGCCAACUUUGACGAGAACGACCCCACGACCAUGGAGGGUGUCGACCCAAAAGUGACCACGAUGCGAGAUGUUUACAAGAAGUUCGACCUCGGCCAGGACGUCAUCGACUUCACUGGCCACGCCCUCGCUCUCUACAGGACAGACGAAUACCUGGAUCAGCCAUGCCUAGACACCAUAAACAGAAUCAAGCUGUACAGCGAAUCUCUGGCCCGAUAUGGAAAGAGCCCUUACCUCUACCCUCUCUAUGGCCUGGGGGAGCUGCCACAAGGCUUUGCCAGAUUGAGUGCCAUAUAUGGAGGGACUUACAUGCUGAAUAAGCCCGUCGAGGAGAUUGUCAUGGAGAACGGGAAGGUUGUGGGAGUGAAGUCUGAGGGUGAGAUUGCACGCUGUAAGCAGUUGAUCUGUGACCCUAGCUACGUGACGGACCGUGUCACCAAGACGGGUCAGGUGAUCAGGGUCAUCUGCAUCAUGAACCACCCAAUCAAGAACACCAGCGAUGCCAACUCCUGCCAGAUCAUCAUCCCCCAGAACCAGGUCAACAGGAAGCACGACAUCUAUGUGUGCAUGAUCUCCUACGCGCACAACGUGGCAGCCCAGGGCAAGUACAUAGCCAUCGCCAGCACCACGGUGGAGACCGGUGACCCGGAGAAGGAGAUUAAACCCGCCCUGGACCUGCUGGAGCCUGUGGAACAGAAGUUUGUGAGCAUCAGUGAUCAGUAUGGGCCCGUCGACCUGGGUGCUGAAAGCCAGAUCUUCAUCUCCCGCUCAUACGACGCGACCACUCAUUUCGAGACCACCUGCGACGACAUCAAAGACAUCUACAAGAGGAUGACGGGCGCAGACUUUGACUUUGCGGAAAUGGAGCGCAAGAAGAACGACAUCUUCGGCGAUGCCGGUGACCAGUAAAAGCAUUUAGACCACCCCAGAGUUUCCCCAUACGUACAAAUGACUCUAAUCAUCUAAUAACUGUAGCUGACUGAUGAUCCAGGCGUAUGUUCGGCCCAUAACGGAGGUGAAUAGACAAUGUAACUUUGUAUUGUAGGGGUGAAGUAGGGAGAGGGAUAGGAGUUUAUACCCUAAUUUUGAGCACUGCACUGACUGUUGGUAAAUGCCUGCUAUUUGGCCUGACACUCGUCCAGGUCUUUCGUGACAAAAAUGGGCGUUUUGUCCAAAGAUGCUAAACAAAUUGGUUUUAUUCCAGUGGUUAAUAUGGGGAAUAUUCAGCACUGUUAAAUAAUAUAUGUUUUUUACCUUUAGGAAGUCUUAUGUGAGUGGCCCACAUUUUCUUGACUGUGUUGAGGGUGGAAGGGAACAGUAGUAGUAGCAGUAAUGAAGUUUCGUGGUCCACCUUUUUCAUUCACUAAAACAUCCUUUUUUCUUGGUGAUUUUUGAUUUUUUCCUGAGGUGUGGAAUAGCAGUGGCACUUGGUUGAGACAUGCUCAGGACUUGACCUUACUAUCGCGUGUCCCUGUCAAACUGUGGCUGGGGAAACCCAAAGAAAGUGAUUGACUGGCUCAGCACGUGCUUUGCGGACAUUCCAGGCGAGGGCGCCUGAUAAAUUGAGUUUUAGGUUUCCUAAGGGCUGGCAACCUCCAGCUGAGGUACACUGAUAUGCAUUAAGCAACAUGACAGUGAAGAUGAAUAGCACUUUGGGUUACCUUUUAACUGAACUGCAGUAUGUUAAGGAUGCUACAUACUGACUUAUUGACCCUGUGUAGCAGCAUGUGGCGCUCUUCAGCUGAGCCCCGAGGGGCUGGAACAGAAUGAUCAGUUUUAAACCAUUGCACCUAAGGAAACUUGCAAGUAAACCAAAUGGAUCAAAGUGUGCAACGCAGGGUUUAAACUGACUGUACUGUGACUUUAGGACCAAAUGGCUUUAGUGGUCUGGGGUUUAUCCAGGCAAACUGCUACAUUUUGAU